AUGUUCCCGAAAAAGUUAAAGCGAAGUGGACAGCUUUAUAAAAAAGCCGAGAAACUGGAAGAGCAGUUUGAAAAAGAGUGGGCAUUGCAAAAUGAUCCUGCCAGACCCAGCAGCCAGCCAGCAGUUGAGCAAUCUACCGAGGAUGUUGCUAUGAAUGAACCCUGUGUAGGUCCUGUGGUAUCAAUGGAAGAGGAGUAUUUGGACGAAAACAAUAAUGAUGACGAACGUGCUAGCGAUGAAGGAUCCAUCCAUACCGAAGAUACUGAUGGCGAAGAGUAUUUAGAGGAAGAGUAUUUGGAGGGAGAGUUUUUGGAGGCAGAGUUUUUGGAGGAGGCGAGCGUGGAAACUGAUCCAUAAAGCGCGAAGCUACGAGACUCUUUGCGAACAUGGUUUAUUCGCAAUAAAGU